AUGCUGUUAGAACACUUCAAUCUUGACUGGGCAACACAUGCUGUCAAGUUUUUCCAAUUAAACGCUAUCUAUACUUUUCCGGUAGCUAUCCGUACAGUUUUCUGUAGCCGCCGGUACCGCUCUGCACAUUUUUCAGCCGCUGCCUGCACAGUUCCAACUGCUGUUUCAGCCACUUUCUGCACAGUUCCAGCCGCUGUCCCUAUAUUUUCAGGGUUGAUUUCUUCAUCGAAUCUUAUUUUCUUUGAUAAGGUUGAAAAUCUCGAUCUUUCUGGUCUUGAGUCAAAUACACUUAAUCUGUCUAGUAUUAAGUCAAAUACAUCUGGUCAUUCUAGUCAUGAGUCAAAUACACUCAAUCUCUCUGGUCUCGAGUCAAAUCCACCUAACUCUUCCACUUUAGAGUUAAAUAAACCCAAUCUUUUUGGUCCUGAGUUAAACACACUUGUACCAGACCCAUCUGAGGCUGAAGAGCUAGGGGUUGAGUCAAAUCAAUCAAAUACACCACUUGCUGAAUUUGGACUUGAAGUGGAUGUAAGAUAUGGAAAGAAUCUGGUUUACAUGAGAAAGUCAAAGGCCAUUCCUGAAUUGACACAAGUUCAAGAGUCUGACUCGACUCCUUUGAGUGAGGUAAUUAAUUCUUCUGAAUUACAAGAUAAAAUGAUGACUCAAACAAUAGAUGAUGACCUAGACCUUCCAAUUGCUAUAAGAAAAGGGACAUUUAAAUAUUGGAAAGUAAAUUAUAAUGAUGUGAAAAAAGAGUAUGUUAAGCGGCAGCAUCUCCUUGAUGUUACUGAAGUGUUUAGGGUACUCAAUGCUGAGAAGAAAUUUCGGAUAACCAAACUUGCUUUUUACCUAACAAUGGUUAUUAUAACUAUCUUCAGGCUUGUAUUACUUGCCGUCUUCUAUUUAGAUAUGGAUGAUGAAUGA